CUGGCUGCGCGGUGGCGGCGGCUGUGUGUGCGCCGCGCCUCGCCGCUCCCCCUGGCCCCCCGAGCCCUGGGCGCGCGCUCCCGCCCGGGCCGCCCGGGCCCCGCGGCGCCGCGGCCCGAGGCACCGGGAAGCGCAGCCAUGGCCCUGCGGAGGCUGGGGGCCGCGCUGCUGCUGUUGCCGCUGCUCGCCGCCGUGGAAGAAACGCUGAUGGACUCAACCACAGCAACGGCAGAGCUGGGCUGGAUUGUGCAUCCUCCAUCAGGGUGGGAAGAGGUGAGUGGCUACGAUGAGAACAUGAACACGAUCCGAACAUACCAGGUAUGCAAUGUGUUUGAGUCGAGCCAGAACAACUGGCUACGGACCAAGUUCAUCCGGCGCCGCGGUGCCCACCGCAUCCACGUGGAGAUGAAGUUCUCCGUUCGUGACUGCAGCAGCAUUCCCAAUGUGCCCGGCUCCUGCAAGGAGACCUUCAACCUCUAUUACUACGAGGCCGACUUUGACUCAGCCACCAAGACCUUCCCCAACUGGAUGGAGAAUCCAUGGGUGAAGGUGGACACCAUCGCGGCCGACGAGAGCUUCUCCCAGGUGGAUCUGGGUGGCCGGGUCAUGAAGAUCAACACCGAGGUGCGGAGCUUCGGGCCCGUGUCCCGCAGCGGCUUCUACCUGGCCUUCCAGGACUACGGCGGCUGCAUGUCCCUCAUCGCUGUGCGCGUCUUCUACCGCAAGUGCCCCCGCAUCAUCCAGAACGGCGCCAUCUUCCAGGAGACGCUGUCGGGGGCUGAGAGCACCUCGCUGGUGGCUGCCCGGGGCAGCUGCAUCGCCAAUGCUGAGGAGGUGGACGUGCCCAUCAAGCUCUACUGUAACGGGGACGGCGAGUGGCUAGUGCCCAUUGGGCGCUGCAUGUGCAAAGCGGGCUUUGAGGCCGUGGAGAAUGGCACCGUCUGCCGAGGGUGCCCAUCUGGAACCUUCAAGGCCAACCAAGGGGAUGAGGCCUGUACCCACUGUCCCAUCAACAGCCGGACCACUUCAGAAGGGGCCACCAACUGCGUCUGUCGCAAUGGCUACUACCGAGCAGACCUGGACCCCCUGGACAUGCCGUGUACCACCAUCCCCUCUGCACCCCAGGCUGUGAUCUCCAGUGUCAAUGAGACCUCACUCAUGCUAGAGUGGACCCCGCCCCGUGACUCAGGAGGCCGUGAGGAUCUCGUCUACAACAUCAUCUGCAAGAGCUGUGGCUCCGGCCGGGGUGCCUGCACCCGCUGUGGGGACAACGUGCAGUACGCCCCCCGCCAGCUGGGCCUGACUGAGCCGCGCAUUUACAUCAGUGACCUGCUGGCUCACACCCAGUACACCUUUGAGAUCCAAGCCGUGAAUGGCGUCACCGACCAGAGCCCCUUCUCACCUCAGUUUGCCUCUGUGAAUAUCACCACCAACCAAGCAGCUCCAUCAGCUGUGUCCAUAAUGCACCAGGUGAGCCGCACGGUGGACAGCAUCACCCUGUCGUGGUCCCAGCCCGACCAGCCCAACGGCGUCAUCCUGGACUAUGAGCUACAGUACUACGAGAAGGAUCUCAGUGAGUACAACGCCACAGCCAUAAAAAGCCCCACCAACACGGUCACUGUGCAGGGCCUCAAAGCCGGCGCCAUCUAUGUCUUCCAGGUGCGGGCUCGCACCGUGGCAGGCUACGGGCGCUACAGUGGCAAGAUGUACUUCCAGACCAUGACAGAAGCCGAGUACCAGACAAGCAUCCAGGAGAAGCUCCCACUCAUCGUUGGCUCCUCGGCGGCUGGCCUCGUCUUCCUCAUUGCCGUGGUUGUCAUCGUCAUCGUGUGUAACAGAAGACGGGGGUUUGAGCGUGCCGACUCGGAGUACACGGACAAGCUGCAGCACUACACCAGUGGCCACAUGACCCCAGGCAUGAAGAUCUACAUCGACCCUUUCACCUACGAGGACCCCAAUGAGGCAGUGCGGGAGUUUGCCAAGGAAAUUGACAUCUCUUGUGUCAAAAUUGAGCAGGUGAUCGGAGCAGGGGAGUUUGGCGAAGUAUGCAGUGGUCACCUGAAACUGCCAGGCAAGAGAGAGAUCUUUGUAGCCAUCAAGACCCUCAAGUCGGGCUAUACUGAGAAGCAACGCCGGGACUUCCUGAGCGAGGCCUCCAUCAUGGGCCAGUUUGACCACCCCAACGUCAUCCACCUGGAAGGUGUUGUCACCAAGAGCACGCCCGUGAUGAUCAUCACUGAGUUCAUGGAGAACGGCUCCCUGGACUCCUUCCUUCGGCAAAAUGAUGGGCAGUUCACAGUCAUCCAGCUGGUGGGCAUGUUGCGGGGCAUCGCAGCUGGCAUGAAGUACCUGGCCGACAUGAACUACGUGCACCGCGACCUGGCCGCCCGCAACAUCCUCGUCAACAGCAACCUGGUCUGCAAGGUGUCCGACUUCGGGCUCUCACGCUUUCUGGAGGACGAUACCUCAGACCCCACCUACACCAGCGCCCUGGGUGGGAAGAUCCCCAUCCGUUGGACGGCCCCAGAAGCCAUUCAGUACCGGAAGUUCACCUCGGCCAGCGAUGUGUGGAGCUAUGGCAUCGUCAUGUGGGAGGUGAUGUCCUACGGGGAGCGGCCCUACUGGGACAUGACCAAUCAGGACGUAAUUAAUGCCAUAGAGCAGGACUACCGGCUGCCGCCACCCAUGGACUGCCCAAGCGCCUUGCACCAGCUUAUGCUGGACUGCUGGCAGAAGGACCGCAACCACCGGCCCAAGUUCGGCCAGAUUGUCAACACGCUGGACAAGAUGAUCCGCAACCCCAACAGCCUCAAAGCCAUGGCGCCCCUCUCUUCCGGAAUCAACCUGCCACUGCUGGACCGCACGAUCCCCGACUACACCAGCUUUAACACAGUGGACGAAUGGCUGGAGGCCAUCAAGAUGGGGCAGUACAAGGAGAGCUUCGCCAACGCCGGCUUCACCUCCUUCGAUGUCGUGUCACAGAUGAUGAUGGAGGACAUUCUCCGGGUUGGGGUCACCUUGGCUGGCCACCAGAAAAAAAUCCUGAACAGUAUCCAGGUGAUGAGGGCACAGAUGAACCAGAUCCAAUCGGUGGAGGUUUGAUGUUCACCUGCCUCGGCUCACCUCUUCCUUCAGGCCCCGCCCCCUGCCCCACACGCUGGCCCCCCAGUUCUCUGUCCACUGAAGGGUCAGCCACCUGCCAGGCGGCCACGGGCAACAGGAAGAACCAAGCAGCGCUCCAGCCAUGGGACGUCACCAAGAACACAUGCAACUCAGAUGAUGGAAAAAAGGGAAUGGGAACAAAAGAAAAUCGAUCAUGGGAGGGGGCGGGACAUACAAGGAAUAUUUUUUACAGAGGAUUCUCAUAAGGAAAGCGAUCGUUGUUCUUGGGCAAAAAAAAAAAAAAAAAGGGCUUGGGAGAUCCAUGCGAUUUAUCCAAUCGGAGACCAAAAGCAGUUUCUCUCCGACUCCCUCUGGGAAGGCGAAGUGGCCAGAGCCAAGAAACACUUUCAGGAAAACAAAUGUGAAGGGGAGAGCCCGGGGCCACCGUCCUCUCCUGUCCGUGGGCUGCUCUUCCAGGCCUCGCUCAACAGCCACGCACCAGGCGGCCGGGGCCGGUGGACAGACGGGCAGCCACCGGGAACCACUGUGGGAACAUCCAUUCCUACUGCCUCUGGGCAAACAGAAGAAUUUUUCUGCCUUUGGAGAAUAUUUUAGAAACUCCAAUGAACGAGACUUGUUUCUCCUGUUGUCUCAUGGGGCUGAAAAGUGGCUUUUGUCCUCCUGGGUCAGGGAGAACACGGGGACACCAGAAAGGCGAGACUUCCUGAGGCGGGUCACCCCCCAGGUGUGCAGCUCCACCUCCAUAUCACGUGCACAGCCAGCGGCCCCCAGCCCUACCGGGCACCCACUCCCACCAGCCCCCACCUGGAGGACUGAGGCUGCCGGGACGGCCACCAGCUACGACUGCCACUGAGAAGGGUUGAUCCUGCAUCUGGGUUUGUUUACAGCGGACGGACGUGGACCGGGGGUAUUUUGGUCAGGGGUGGAUUUGGUUUCGGGGGUUUGUUUGUUGGUUUUUUUUAAUGACAAUGAAGUAACACUUUGACAUUUCCUACCUUUUGAGGACUUGAUCCUUCUCCAGGAAGAAGGUGCUUUCUGCUUACUGACUUAGGCAAUACACCAAGGGCGAGAUUUUAUAUGCACAUUUCUGGAUUUUUAUAUGGUUUUCACUGACACCCUCCCCUCCUCCCCUGCAUAGAGUUCCCACCUGCUGCCAGACCUCACCAAAGCCAACUGCCACGGGGCCAUCUGGGCCUUUCAGAGACUGAGUGAGAUUUAGGCAGAAGGUGGGGGGCCAAGGUGGAGGAGCAUCCCCCCACCCCCACCCAGGACUGUUUUUAAAAGGAACAGAUUGAGCAGGAAGUAGGCUCUGAGGCUGCAGAGCCAGAAGUCUCUGCCCACUUGUCCACUCUCCUUCUGCCCCGAUCUAUCCAGUACUUUCCAGGCAAAGAGGCCCCUUUGAGGUUCCUGAGUGUCCUCCGAUGGCCAGAACCCAGUGUCACCUCUGGGAGCCUGCACCAGGCUGCAUCAGAGGCCAGGCCCCAGAUCAUUCACUGUGAUAUCCCAGCCUCUAGAGUAUCACCCUCAGAGACGUGUGCAGGCUUGCUCCUUUCCGCCCUGGGGAGAACGUGUGGUUGCUGGCCCACCUCCCUCCCUCCUCCAGACCUCUGCCCAGAUCUGAAAGGUCUUGGCCGUGGGAAAACCCAUCAGCUAAGGGGUCUGGCCAGUCUCCCUCCUGUGAGCAAAUGCAGGCACCUAAGCGAACCAAUCGGUUAGUGAAUUGAAAUAAAUGCUUUAGUUAUAAAAUGACCCUUGUUCUCUGGAAGUUCUAAGAGAGACCCUGUCACCCUUGGGACAUAUCAAGUGACCCGCGGUGCUCUUCUAAAGGACCCCUUUUCCUCCCUCAGGGAUGUAGAAAGCCCAGGGCUGAGAAAACACAUGGAGGACACUAAACAUCCAUGUGGACUUUCUGGCUCUGGCUUGUCAAAAGCACAGGCAAUGAAAGAAGUGUGUUGGAAGUGGCUCAGAACACAGUGUGUAAUGCCUUGCAAAUCAGGGUGAGCCUCUGCAGGAUGCGUUAGGAGCAGAGAGUCAACAGGGGUGCGCUCAGCUCUCCUGGGCCGGAAGAACGGGGUCUGGUUAUUAGGUGAGCUGUGACAGUGGGACUGUUAGGGUCCUGGAGGACACAUGGGCCCCCAGUCAGCCCCAGGAAUGAUCACCUUAUCCUGGUUAAUCCCUGCACAGAUGGGCUCCUACUCACGUACAAUUAGAAUUCUUUGUGCAGAAGGAGGAGGCAGGGAAUCUGAAGGAGGGAAGGCACGGAUGCCUCAUCUCAGGACCUUUUCCCUUUGUCCAUGGGAGACUGACCAGUGGGAGAGAUUCAGGCUGCAGGUGGCCAGCUAAACGCCCCUUGGUUGGAGAGAGCAUCCAACAUGGAGCAGCCUGUCGUCUGUCACUCACCUGUUCUCCAGAGCCUGAGAUGCAAAGGGAAGGAAGAGAUUAGAGAGGAGCACGGGCCCCUAGAGGGAACAGCAGAGUGAGCCACGGGGAACACCUUGGCUGGUUUCCCAUGAACUAGCCGGCCUUGGCCCAGCCAGCCGCCCUUUGUGCCCCAAAGAUGCCCAGCACGGGUGGCAGCUGUCCCAGCACACAAGGUCACCUUCUGGAGGGAGCUGCCCUGAUGAGCUUCAGAUUAACUCCGGCUCCCCGGCCUGCCCCCCAGCCCACUGCUCUGGGGCCCCCACAGGGGCCUGGCACUCUGUACUUCCUGUCAGAUGGCUUCCUGCCCUAAGCCGCUAGGCUGGUGUCUGCUAGCCAGCAUGUCUGCCCAUCUACCCUCAGUGGUCCUGGGCCCCCACAUGCCUGCCUCUCAAAAGUAAGGGUGCUACUUCGUCCCUCUGUAUCUCCACUUCAGGGUAACAGACAUCACUGUGACCAUCCCGGGGCGCAGGCAGCUGCCCGUCUCUCCCCACUGCUGGAGCAGCUUCUCCCACCACCUCUUGCUUCUCAGUGAGGAGGGGCAGGCCGUGCUGCUGCUUGCCCAGGCACACAGCUCAGAGCCGCCUACCCGCUGCCUGGUUACUAAUCCUUUCCUGGCUCCAUCUCCCCAGUGCCAGCCCCACCUGCCCAGCAGUGUGCGAGGAGCUUCCGGCUGCUCUGCACACAGUUGGUACUUGAGGGAAGAAAGCUGCCUUGUAAACACGGGCCAGGGCACCGUGGUAAUGGGACCAGAUGCUCUGAAAGGGUGUGACAAGCAGAUCUGUGCAGGCCUAGGCUGGGCAAUAGAAGGCUGUGCCAUCACCCCCCACUCCGAUUGCCCCAGAAGCUCCCCCAAAUGGGUUAUUGUUGAUGAUCAGCAGGCCUCUUCUUGGGGGAUGAUAUUCAAAAGAGCUCAACUGGUAAGCCGUGGGCACCCCCAUCAGACUAGGUGACGAUUUUGGUGCUAGACCAAAAGACCUCAGAGCAGGGCAGGGGUGGCAGCACAAUCAGGGACACUUAAGGGACUCGGGCCAGUGGCGUUUACUCACCAGUGGUGCCUGCUGUUCAGAUGGCAUCAGCUGGACUUGCCCCAACGUUUCUAGUUGGUCCCCAGCGGCCAUGGCUCAGGGAGCUCUCUGCCGCCCCCUUGCGUUCAGUUAUAGUCUCUCACCCCUCUCAGAUUAGGGGCUUACCUCCUGAAGACUGGGAGCUCCCGCUCCAGGCCACCCUGCCCCCCCACCCCAUCUCCUAGAUCUAGCCCCUUGGCGGCUCCUGGCUUUCUCCUGGGGCCCUGUAGUUCUCAGAUGGUACCGAAGGAUGGAAGAUUCUUGCCAGAGAAAGUUAUGUAAAUACAUUCAAAGGAUAGGAUGCCACGUUGCUAGGUAAAAUGCAUCCUGGCAUCAGAGAGGCAGCCUCACCCCCAUCACUAACUCGAGACAUGGAUCUGGGCAAGCCACUUCCCUUCACCGAGCCUCGGUCUCCCAUCUGUAAAGUGAGAGGAUUGCGCGGGGUGAACCAGGCAUGCAAAACACUUUAUACACUGCAGUCCUGUCAGGAGGGACCGUUUCCUCCCGUGGGUAGGGGGGCAACUGAGACUCAGAAAAGGGAAGUAGCUUGCUCAAGAUUACACGGCCAGGAAGGGGCAGAGCAAGGCUGUGUUUAUCUGCUUCUAAUGCCCACUUCACACACUCCAUUAGAGGACAUGAAGCCCUCGGGGGCCGAUGCUGGCUGGUAAGAGACGGGAAAGCUCAGAUAGGCUGGUGUUGUCAGGGAGGGCUUCCUGGAGGAGGCUGCCUUGAAAAUGACACAGGUUGAGAGAAAGGUCACUCCAGGUGGGAGGUACAGUGUAACCAAAGAUACAGAGACUGGAAUGCUUCAACAGUGAGAAGGCAUGUCUGUGUGGGCCAGAGGCCUGCUGGGAGGUGGAGGUGGCUGUAGUGGGAGGGUGAGGCCGUUUGAUUCACAGACACAGCAGGUUCUUGAGCAGAAGAGUAGACGAGUGAGCUUCGGGUCCUAGGAGAAGUCAGUUCAGCUAUCAGACAGGGGCAGGAUGCCUCACAGCUCUCCCCUCCCUAGGCAAGAAGCGCCCCCUGCAGAAGCCCUCAUUUAUUCCGGGAGAAUUCAGGCCCUGCUGCUUUGUUUUCCAUCCUCACUGGCUGACAUAGAUAAUCCAAAGAGUCAUUUCAGCUGCUUGGAACAGCAGGGUUGGAUUUUGUGCUACCGGAUUCAUAAUUCCGCGUGUUCAACUGAUGCCCACCCCAUUUCCUCCAGGCCUCUCUGAGAGCGGCCACGCAUGACCAGAGCUGAGUAACUGUGGGUGGUGGUAACAGCCUGGGUGGGCGGCAUGCAAACUGUUCAGAAAGCCCAUCUCUGCCUUGGGUGCCCUGGGCUCUGGUGAGAUCACCCAGACAUGUUGGAAGGGGCUGGCGUCCUGCCCUUUACUACAGUGUAUUAUGCUGGGGACACCCAGAGGGAAGUUAAGGAGCCCCUCUGCAUGCACACACCACCAGCGUCCUAAGAAAUGGUUCCUGCCAUAAACUAGCAUUGAGAACGGUCUCAAAGCUGAUUAAUUUCCCCUUCAGAGAAACCAAGGUCAGAGUGUUGGUCCCAGGAGGCUGAGGCCACUGGGAUUGCACUAAUCGCUGCACACGCACCGUGUACCAAGCCCCGUGUGUAGGGACCUUACAGGUACUACCAUCUCCACUCUACAGGUGAAGAAACAGAUUCCCAGAGGUGAUGCCAGAGGAGUCAACAAGGCCAUCUGCCUUCGGUGCUCCCCCUUGCUCACCUCCCAGGAUUUCUCAAAAUGUUUACCAUUGCAACCUGAAUCAGAAUCUCCUGGGCUAUUGUUCAACUUGCAGACUCUCAGGCUUCACCCCGACCCCCUAAGUCAGAAUCUUCAAGGUCAGGCCCAGGAGCCUCUGUUUUUAACAAGCUCCACCAGGAGAUUCUUCCAGACUGAAAUCCUCUCUUCACUUCCCCCACGACGACCUAUGCCCUGAUGUCUGCAGAAAGAGGGGCUGGCGUAGACAGGGAUUAGGAAAAAGCAGGACAUCGUCAGAUAAGAUGCCCAAACUCAGACAUGGAUUAGGACCCAUGAAGUGGGGGGUUGGGGGUGACCCUCAGGAAUGUGUUCAGACUGAGCUAAGCUUUCAGGAAAAUUAGAAAGACCCCCAGACCCUGAGUCUGUCUGAGUUUAGCUUCGCAGCAUGAAGGCUGCCUCAGGAAAGCUGAUACAGCAAGAAGCAGCAGGAGCUUAAUAUUUCAGAGGGGCCCGGCAGCCCACCCAGGGCCACCCUGUGGAGAACCCAUGGACUCCAUGGCUAUGAUCCAAGCCUGUACACUCAACACCUGGCCAGGUGGGCCAAGCCAAGGCAGGGUGGGGCUUCCAGCUGGACCUGGAGCUUCGAUGCUCCACCACCACCACCACGACCACCAACCCCUGUUACCCAGACUAAGACACAGGGCUUUCCCAGGAGGAGGGAGAGGGAGUUGAGGGUCCUUGUGUCCACUCAGCUCAAACAGCCCCUGUUGGAAGAGGGGAAUGGGAGAGGCAGUAGGAGGAGGUCAGAGUGAGGCCCACAUACACUCCGGUGGCCCUGCUGAGAAUACUGGAGUCCAGAGAUCUACCACUCCAUGGGUAAAAGAUUCCAAGAUGCUAAGAUUGCAAAAGCCUGUAAUUCUAAUAUGCCAAUGGAAGGAUUCCAUGUUUUUAAGAUUCCAUCACCAUAUGAUUCUAUGCUGCUAAUUCUUGAGACUUCCAAGUCCUAUUGUUCAUUGCUGGUCCCCAAACCUGAGGGCCCUGGCUGUGACAAAGCACAACAAGAGAGCAAGAACGAGAGAGAGAGAGACAGAGAGAGAGAGAGAGAGACAGAGACAGAGACAGAGACAGAGACAGAGAGAGAGGGCAACAGCUAAAAAGAAGUGUUAACAGCUCCAUCUUAUGACUGUGAGUGAGAGGUGAACCUUGGCAGGGGUCAAGACUCUUCUUUUGAGUGUGAUGCUGAAUUUCGCCCUGGUAGAGUGGCAGAAUUGUCCACGCCUGGCUGCCCCAGCUAAGCAAAGCCCCACGCAGGCCACAGUGCCCGCUGGCUAGUGAGCAGAACAGCUCAGCUCAGGAGCCAAGUGGGGGCCCUACUGUCUCGGUUUGGGGAGGGAUUGAUCUGGGGUGAAACCCGCUCCCUCCACACACCCCCAAGGAGGCUGUAGGACCAGGAUUUGCUGUGGAAUCUUCCCCAAGCACACCACCUUCCUGGGCAGAGCCAGAGUCUUAACACUGGGCAAUCACAGGGUCUUGCUGCAAACCCCAGAGCCAGGUGCCUUCCUGCUGACACUCGGGGUGCAGCAUCAUGGCCACACACACAGUGCCUGCCCCAUUCCAAGGACCCCAUCACCCUUUUCGGUUGAAGCCACUGCCUAUGGGAUCUGGGAAGCCUGCCCACGGAGGUGCCUCUGGGUUGCUCAGAGCCCAGUAAUCAGUCUGGCUGCUUUCCCUUCCGUGGACGGGCACUCUGGUGGGCAGGGGACACGAGGUCUAGCGCCUGAGGCUGACCUCCGCCAGGUCUGGCAGGAACACUCACAGCCAGCCUCUUUGGACUGCAGAGAAGAACAAUUACUGGUCGGUCAGGCCCAGCCCCAAACCCUAAUCAUAGCUGCUAUAUUUUGAGUGCCAACAAUGUGCCAGGAGCCGUGCUUACGUUUUUUUACACAGUGUCUCACUUAACCCUUACACAGCUCUGUCAGGCAGGUACGAUUAUUAUUCCCGCUCCACAGACCAGGAAACUCAGAGACGUGCAUGGGGGUUUUCCCAGGUUACGCAGUCCGCCAGUGGCCUCUGACCCCAGCCUCUGCCCUUGCAAUCAUUAUGCUAUGCUGCUACCGUGGUCCCCACUCAGCCCCUCUCCACUGUCACACCCUCUGCCAAAGCCCAGGUCCCUGGGGGACACUCUGUGUGGGGGCACUGGGACACCCUCUUUGACUGUAACCUCCUGGAGCUA